UCAACAAGCUGCUGUAUAAGUAUAUUUUUGUAGAAAUGUCUCGGGCUCACGCAGAAAGCGUGAUUAAAAACAUUAUCCGUGAGAUAGUGCAGGAGUGCGCGGCGAGGGGACACGCUGUGUCGGACACUUUGGUGGCGUUCAUGGUGAAAGCUGUUGUUUUGGACCCAAGAAAUGGGUUUAAUGUUGACCGAACUCUGACAAAACAGGAUAUCCAGAGACUUGAAGAGAUGUGUCUGGAUAAACUCAUGGAUAAGUGUAGCCCAUCCCUUGACACGAUCAAAAUGCAAGUGUAUUUUGACAUGAAUUAUACCUCCCGAUGUGAUUUUCUUGAGGAAAUCCAGCAGGUGGUGGAGUCGAGGCUGAGUCCAGUGAGCAGGGACAUCACUGACAGUCGGGUGAAAACACGUGAAGAACUGGAUUCUCUGUACCACAGAAUAGUCACUUAUAUUCUGCUUCGCUCCGGCAUGGGCUCACCUGCACACGUCCAUGCGAUGCAAGAGGCUGCAGCUGCUCUGCAGAGUGUCUUUCCUCCAACGGAACUGGGAGCCUUCAUGGUGCUCUUAAAGAAGGAGAAGGAGCAGCAACUCAGUGAAGUCACCAUGAUCGUAACAGGGAUACGACUCUUCAACAAAGCCUGCAAGAAGGGAGCACAGGAGACUGAACUCCAUGAAAUCAUGCCAGAAAUUCUUACUGAAGCUCUUCCAGUCGUCGGCAAAGGCAUCGAAAAGAAGCUGAGUGUGUCACAGAGUUUGGCGUGGAAAUAUACGGCUGUGCUGGAGAAGCUAACAGACCCUGACAAAGAACCUGGAGAACAUGACGUGCCCAUUGUUCUGCUCAGACAAGCUCUGUACAAUGUCAGGCAGCACGAAGUCUUCCUCAAGACAUUACUGGCUGAUAGUCAUCUUUGCACCAAGCAUGUUGAAUUCCUGCAGACGGAGCUGUCGACUCACAUGAAGCUGCUGAAAGAGAGAGUGAAGUCAAAGGCAGCUGUUCCCACUACACAGGUCUUUCCACUGUUCAAAGCCCUGUCAAAGGUGUGGACUGGACUUCAGGAUGAGGCUGAGCUGCUGAACAUCCUCAGUAACAUUACACACAACCUGCAGCUCUUCCUGGCCUCUCAGGCUGAGAUCUUCUCUGAGGCGUAUUUGGAUGACCUGCUGGGGGCGACUGAUGUGAAGACAGAUGCGCAGAGAAUGACUGAGUCUUCAGAUGAGCGUAUUGUUCCAGCGGACAUGAAGACACAGGAAUGGCUCCUGCCUGAAACAACAGAUAGUUUUAAUGAUCUGUUGCUGCAGUAUAAUGGCGUGUGUGGUUACACACUUGUGAAUAGAGAUGGGCUUCUGCUUCCAGGUAAUCCACACAUUGGAGUCUUGAAACACAAAGAAAAGCACUAUGUUUUUAGCUCCAAAGAAGCUGCCUUAAAAUUUGCCUCCUGUCCAGAUGACUUCAUAACAGAGGUUGCAGAAAAAGCCAAGCUCUCCCCUGAACUCAUUCAGCUGCUCAAACUCCAUCAACAGGUCUCCCGUGUCACUCCAUACACUGAGUUGGAGCAAAAAGCAGGAGAGAGUUUAUUGGUGAAAUCCAUGACAAAGUGUGAGAUCAGCACACAGACUGACAUCCACCCAGUGGAGAGAAACAUCGUCCAGUCAUACGAGUGGAACGAGUGGGAGCUGCGACGAAAAGCUAUCAAACUGGCUGAUAUUCGGACAAAAGUGACGCACUCAGCACAGACUGAUCUGAGCCACAUGCGGCGGGAAAACGCCACUCAGACGUGGCCGCCCAAAGACGCCGCCUGUCAAAGCAAGAGAGAUGGAGCGAGCAACGUGCCCAAACCUCAGGUCUACCUGGCAGGUCUGAGGGGACAAAGAGACGGACGAGUGUUCAAGACAAAUCUGACUAGAUCAGUGGAUGAUUAAUCAAGUUGUGAAAACAAAACAGGUUCCAUGGUGUAAUGGUCAGCACUCUGGACUCUGAAUCCAGCAAUCCGAGUUCAAGUCUCGGUGGAACCUGAGUUUUAAGCAGCAGGAGGUCACACUAAAAGAAAUGAUGAGUGAGGAAAGAACUCUGAGUCGUUAAAACACAUAAAUGAGAUUCAUGUCCAAAACCACAGAAAUUACAUUUCAACCAUUACUAAUUCUCUUAAUGUACAGGUGCAUCUUAAAAAAUUAGAAUACCGUGGAAAAGUUCCUUUAUUUCAACUCAAAUAGUGAAAUAGUGAAUUUUGGGUUGUUGUUAAAUGUGACCCAAAAUCAUCACAAUUAAAAGAACUAAAGACUUAAACUACUUCAGUUUGUGUGUAUAGAAUUUAUAAAAUACAGGGUUUCAAUAUUUGAGUUGAAUUACUGAAAUAAAUGAUCUUUUCCACAAUAUUCUAAUUUAUUGAGAUGCACCUGUAUAUUAAUAUAUUGUAAAUCAGUCCAAAUAAUGAUGUCCAUGUCUUUAUCUACUAAAUAUGCCUGUGUGACAUAUAUGAGUAUCUCCACAAUGAAUUACAGUUUUUCUGUGUAUAGGUUCCAUGGUGUAAUGGUCAGCACUCUGGACUUUGAAUCCAGUGAUCCGAGUUCAAGUCUCGGUGGAACCUGAGCUUUAAACUGUAGCUCUCCAAAUGUAGUUGAUACCACAUUAAUAGAAUUUAAGAUUGUCCCUAGAUUAAUGUUAAAAAGCUGCAUUGUCUAGAAAAUCUGCUCUGAAUAAUUGGAACAAGUUACUGAGAUUCAGUGUUUGUCACCAACCAUUGUCUAUACAAAAAUUACAGCUCAACAAUUUCUAGGGCACGUUCUCUUUAUAUUGUAGAUCUGCUCGAUGUAUAGGUAGUAUUGUAUGGUGGUUCCAUGGUGUAAUGGUCAGCACUCUGGACUUUGAAUCCAGUGAUCCGAGUUCAAGUCUCGGUGGAACCUGAGCUUUAAACUGUAGCUCUUCAAAUGUAAUUGAUACCACAUUAAAAGAAUUUAAGAUUGUCCCUAGAUAAAUGUUAAAAAGCUGAAUUGUCUAGUAAACCUGCUCUGAAUAAUUGGAACAAGUUACUGAGAUUCAGUGUUUGUCACCAACCAUUGUCUAUACAAAAAUUACAGCUCAACAAUUUCUAGGGCACGUUCUCUUUAUAUUGUAGAUCUGCUCGAUGUAUAGGUAGUAUUGUAUGGUGGUUCCAUGGUGUAAUGGUCAGCACUCUGGACUUUGAAUCCAGUGAUCCGAGUUCAAGUCUCGGUGGAACCUGAGUUUUAAACUGUAGCGCUCCAAAUAUAGACCAGACCAGAUUAAUUUAGAUUAUCCUUGGAUGUUAAAAAGAUGUGUUAUGCAGAAAAUCCACUGUAAGUAAUCAAGAAGUUAAUGUGACUCAGGGUUUGUCACUCUUCCCCAAUAAUGUUCUAUAAAACCCACAGAAAUUACAGCUCAAAAAUUUCUACAGUUAAUGGUUGAAUUGUAAUUUCUGUGAUUUCUUACACAAAAUGUAAGAAUCAAAAUGUAUCUACAUCAAAAUAGCAAAGAAAAUAAAAUAAAGAAAUGUAGAAAUAAGUAAAAUAGAAACUUAUCUUCAACUUUUGUUGAUAGUUACUAUAAACAAAUGAAUGCAUUAUCUGUGUACUUUACGAAUUAAAAUCUCUGAUGAAUGAUUUAUAACUCUAUAUUUAUUUAUUUAUUGAACUUUGUUUUGUCACUUAUAACCAACCAUGAUAUAGACAAAAUUACAGUUGAACAAUAUCUAGGGCAUGCUCUCCGUAUAUAGUUUCGUUUAGUUUAUUUUCAUAUACAUUAAAAGUACAGUCAGUACAAUGAAAUGCAUUUUUCCAGACAGACACCUUCUCAUCCCAUCACAAAAAGAAAAUAGUCAAUAAAAUAUAAGUAAAAAUUCAAUAAAUAAUCAAUAAAUAAAUACAGAGUGAAUAGGAGCAUCAUGUGCUACUGUUUAGCAGUCUGAUGGCCUGUGGGUAAAAGCUGUCCCUCAGGCGAGGAAGAGAUCUGCUCUCCGUAUAGUUAGGAUCGCAUGUUGGUUCCAAAGCAAAGCACACAUAUCUAUUAAUGAUUUAAUGAUAGUCACUUUACGUCACUAUAUUCAAAGAACAGUGCUGACCAUUACACCACAGAACCACAACUUUAACUUCUUUGCUUUUUCACAGCCAUCCAAGGAUAAUCUGAAUUAUUCUGGUCCAGUGUCAACUGUAUUUGGAGAGCUGCAGUUUAAAACUCAGGUUCCACCGAGACUUGAACUCGGAUCACUGGAUUCAAAGUCCAGAGUGCUGACCAUUACACCAUGGAACCAAUAUACCAAUGCACUGAUGAAAUUCAUUGAGGAGAUGUCAGUAUGUCACACAGGCAUAUUUAGUAGAUAAACACAUGAAAGAUAUACAUUAGAAUUAGAAUUAGAGUAGAAUGAUUCUAUUUCAUUGAGGUCUGUGAUCUGAUUUUAGAUAUUUAACUGAGAGCAGAGAUGUUGUGAAAUACUAAAACCUUAAUGUGUGGUUGAACCUGGAACCUAUAAGUUUAUCAAUACCAUAAAAUAGGCAUUGAUUGUGACGAAAACCAUAGGUCAUAGGUCAGAAAUGGGGCUGAAACAUAUGCUUCUAAGAGACACUGUGGCAAUAUAUUCAAAACAUGUUAUUAUUUAACUAGAUUUGUAGCUGUAUUGAGUAGAAUAACAAUAACACAAAUGUCAAAAGCCAUUAUUUCUUUACCAGUUUGGAAUUACAUAAUUACAGUGAUGCAUGCAGUUACAGCUUUUCACCAGCAGGUGCUGAUACACAACCAAAAAUUAAUCUCGGUUAUGGUUCUCAGGCUCAAUUGAUUAUCAUCUCUGUGUUAUUUAAAUAAAAACGAAAAACGAUCAAGUCGGUUAAAAAUAAGUUAAAUAUUCACAUCUUCGUGAUGAUGACAUCAUUUUAUUUUUAAAAAGAACAUUUCAAAUUUGAGAGAAAUUAGAAAAUGGUUAUUGUCUUUUUAAUAUUCCUGUCUUUUAUAAAAAUGGUAAAAUAAUAAA